CACCGAACUGGGAAUUUGAUUGUCGUAAAUGAAAUGUACUGAACAGUGACACCCUUUGUCCAGUAGUCGAUUAGUCCCGAACAACCAAAGUGACACAAUCAGAGUUCACGCGCUCGCGUUUGAUACGAGACUGGGCUUGUCUAUAAAGUCGAACGAGGUCCCCCUGUCAUCUGACCAUUGCUCCCACUACUCAGUCUUCCUCUUCCAUAUCACUCUUGCCGCCAUGGAUGCUAGUUAUCCACCUUUAGAGACCCCGGGGGUCUCAGUCUCCAAAUCAUCACCCAACUCUUCAUCGUCACCUCCGGUACUAGUCUUCUCUCCCGCAUAUACAAUGCCUCAAGCCAACUGGUAUGGCUAUCCUAGCUCGACACCGGGUUCCUACGGUUAUUCACAUCCCAUGACACCUUACACCCAUAUGGAGAACCUCACUCCAUACACCACCUAUGCUACCACCCCCGCCCCAGUUGGUGGCCAUGCUCUCCCCUUGACUGCCACUCCGACUACCGAAAGAGCCUACAACACUGCAAGUCUGCACGCAGCCGCUCCUUCCGUCCUGUUCGGACAGCCCCACUCACUUUACGGGUCACCGGCGUCCUCCAUAUCGUCCGCUUUGCCGCUGGACAAGGAGACUACGCCGCCUCUUCUCCUCCCAAGGCGAGCGAGCGAGUCUACUACCAUGGACUACUAUCUUCCUACUCCUGGUCUUCUGCCAGUAGGGCCACCCCUUCCCGCAGCGACACAGAUCAAGAAACGUUCAAGGACCGCCCAAGCCUGUGAAAAGUGCCGGAUCCGAAAAGCCAAAUGCUCCGGUGGCCAACCAUGUACCCGAUGCAUCAACAAGAAGCUUCCAUGUGUCUUCUCUGGCACGACUCGAUCACGAGGAGCUGCUCGAUGGAGAGAAGCCGCUGCCCGAGAAGCUGCCGAGCAGGCAGCCAAGCUCAGAACCAGGAGACAUAGCCUCGACGAUCCUUUUGCCACACCCAACAAUGCGCCGGUCAUCCGCGAUGUUCGUCGACACUCUGAGGGCAGCAUAGAGCCCAGGUUGCAGAACAACAGCGCCCUUGGCCUCGACCUGAAUCCCAUCGAUGAGCUGGCCAGGCCAGCCAGUGCUUGUCAGACUUGGGCACCUUAUACUGUACCGUACUUGGAGACUGUAUCGGCUUACCCCUGGACACCCGACCAUCGCUUCUCAGAUGGAUCUUACUCCUAUCCGACACCGUUAUCAGCUGGCAACGUUGUGCCCUUGACGUAUGCGGACUGGAGUGGGCAGCCCUCUGAUUGGCAUGGGCAGUGUUCAGAGUAGAUCAAUGUAGAAAUAUCACGUCACGUCACUUCAGAACACUACGUGUAUGGUAGACAAAUCUCUUGGUUUCUCCAUUUUGGGCAUGUAUCGAUAAUGAAGCAUUCA